AUGGCUAUCAAGGAAGUGCUUAGGUGGAUCGCCUCGGAAGGAAAAAGUUUGCGGGUCCCAGGAGAGGAUGAGAGGAGAACUCGAGGCGCGCAAAGCCCGUUUCUGCCAAGCCCUUCAGACGCUGCCAACGUCCGCGAGCGGCAGCGCACGCAGUCGCCGAACGAAGCCUUCGCGGCGCUGCGCAAGAUCAUCCCGACACUGCCGUCGGACAAGCUGAGCAAGAUCCAGACGCUCAAGCUGGCCGCCCGCUAUAUCGACUUCCUCUACCAGGUUCUGCAGAGCGACGAACUCGACUCCAAGAUGGCCAGCUGCAGCUAUGUGGCCCACGAGCGCCUCAGCUACGCCUUCUCCGUUUGGCGCAUGGAAGGCGCCUGGUCCAUGUCCGCCUCCCACUAGCGUCCUGCGCAGCCUGGCGCGCCCGGAGACUUAGAUGACAUUGUUCUCAAAGGGAAGGAGAGAAAAUGGACAAUCUAGAGACUCUGCACUUGGAUUCGCCCUCACUCCACCUCCCGGGGUUAUUUCUCCCCCUUCUCAGACAAUAGCACGCCAAGGAUUUUCUUGGAAAUGUAGACGCGUUCUUGGCCCAGGUUGCAAAGAGCAGGGCGUGGGGAGAGCAAUUGAGGCAAGAGACCUAGAGCCCCUCUGACGGUGAGGUGGCUGAUCCAGAGUGAAGGCUGGAUGGUCUACCAAACAUCUCUGCAUUCUGAUCGAAAUCUGAACCUGCUCCCCCCCUCCCCAUUUUGACGAAGAAUGUUGGAACUUUUUUCCCUACUUCCUUUCCCCUCUUUUUGCAUGCAUGCAUUCCCAAGAGAGCUUAUGAGCCACUCAUGAAAGGAAAUACGUUACUGGAGUCCCCCACCCUUCUUUUUUGAACAGAUCUAAUGACAACGAAACCCCAUUUUUAAAGGAGCAAGAAAGGAAAACCGUCCCACCCACCGCCCCAAAAAUGUUUCAGCAGCAAAACCUUACUGGCUCAAACUCUCAUACGCAAAACCUUUCAGGUUCCUUUUUAAUUUUGCUUUGUUUUGGAAUUCUUCCUGGAAAAAAAAAUAAAAAAGGGAGGUGGGGGGGCGAAA